CCGUUGAGCAAUUCGGCCGAGUGGUGGUGAUUGUGCGAUUAUCCGGUGGCUCCUCGAACCGCGAUCCCUCAUUAAUCCCGCGAGUCUCGAAGAAGCCGCUUCUUCACACUUUCGUUGCUUAAUUUGGGUGAAUGCGCGUGUGUUUUGAAACAUUGUGCUUCUCGUCCAGGCACCAUGCAGCCGACGAGGAAGCCUCACCGGGUUUGAGACCGAGCAUACUAAUCGAUCGUCAAAUUCGAUCCGAUCUAGCCAUGGGAUCCGUACAGGAGCUGCAGGCCCUUCUGCUCGCGAGGGAGGAGAAGAUUAGGGAACUCGAAACGCUUCUGCAUAUUCGCGACGCGGAGAUCGGCGAUCUCAGAUCUCACUUAGACAAAUUUCAGAGCGUCUUUCCGUUUCAUUUUAACGCGGUCACGACGAAACACAAAGGUCUCAAUAACAAUAUCGGCGGGAUCCGGCCUAGGAAGCAAAGAGCCGGUAUUUCGGCCGAGCCGCAAAGUGAGGCGUCUCUUCAGCAGCUGAGCAAGCAAACCUUUCCGGUUCACGACAAGGGCGAAAGAUCGCGUGAACUAAUCAAGGCAGCAAUUUUGGACAACGAUUUUAUGAAGAAUUUGGAAUUGACCCAAAUUCGCGAAAUUGUCGAUUGCAUGUACCCGGAGGCGUACAAGGCGCAAGAUCUCAUCAUUAAGGAGGGGGAUGUCGGCAGCAUUGUGUAUGUUUUAGAAGCUUCCCUCUCGCCUCAAAUUCCGCUCACCGCUAAACCACGUGUCGAUUCGUAUAAAUUAACUCUUCCUUAG